AUGUCUUGGGAACGACCAGCAGCCGUUCCAUACCCCAAUGUAUGGUGGACAUUCGAAGCACCCGAUCCGGACCGAGAUGACGGUGGAUUAGCGACGUACAGGGUGGAGGACCUCACGGAGGACCGUUUCGAAGACGCCAUAAAACUUUACACGGAGCACUUCCUUGAUGAUGAACCUCUUGCCCAACACGCCAGGACUCGACACAACCCGGUAUCGUAUGAAGAUAUUGUCGCAUUCUGGAAGAAAUCAUUCAACGGACGAAUGUCAGUUGCUUGUUACAAAGAGGGUUCCAAGGAGCUUGUCGGUGCUAAUAUUCUCGCAGUACAACAGGCAAACAGUAAAAAGGAUGUUAAUGACCUGCCACGUUCCGAAACCAGCCGAAAGAUAGUAGCAGUAUUCAUUUAUAUGACCGAAACAGCGAACCUCUUCGAGCGCUACGGUGUGGACAAGUACCUCACGGCGUACGGUUUGAGUGUCAACACUCGGUACCGCGGUCGAGGGAUUGCGACCGAGAUUCUCAAAGCCCGGGUUCCUAUUUGCAAAGCAUUUGGGCUGCGACUUACUAGCACCAGUUUUACGGCCAUCGGCUCGCAAGUACCGGCCGCAAAGGUUGGCUUUAAAACGGAUCUAGAAAUGCGAUACGACGAAUUCGUGAAGGUAAACCCUAGCUUAACUUUCGAAGGCAUUAAAAGUACCAGCGUGAAGCAAAUGAGUUUAGUGAUCGAAUGAAGAAAACCAGAGUUGAAAAGUGCUAGUUCGAGCAAACAGUAGAGUGUGGUGCUUUAAGCCAAAGAUGUUAAAAACGAAGAAUUACAAUUAAUUUUGUUUACCUGUUUGUUUUCUCGAAUACAUAAACCGGAGGA